AUGGAACAAAGCCUUGGUUGCCCUGUGAUAGAGAAUGAGAAAAGUUUGAGACUUUGUUUGCGACUUUGGGAGAUGGAGAUUCCAAGCUCUGAUGAGAUACUUGAGUGUAUGAGCUCUUGUCUCUCUCAGAUCAAAUGGCGACUCAAGCUCUCUUCAAAACGCCGCCUCGAAAUAGGUUUCCAUCUUUCAUUCUCACAGAUUCUGUAUCAGAUUAUGAAGCUUGAGGAUGCUUUUAUGUGCUGGCACUCUUGCACGGGAAUGAGACCAGUUGUGAUGAUUGACUAUGGUGGCAAGUUGCCUGAGCUACAAGAUCGCCUGCUUUCUCUUCUUGAGCUUCUCCAUGAGGCUUUACCGAUUUUCAAAGCUCUGAGGGUUAUGGUUAUAGAGGAUAUGAUUUACCUGAUCAAUGUAACAAGACUUGCCAAGUGGUUGAGUUCAGAACCUGAAUUGUUCUUUGUCGACCUGGAACAAGAUCCUCCACAGAUGGUAGAACAAAGCAAAGAAUGCAGUCUAGGGAUGGAACUUCAGUUGAUUCAGAAGCUAUUCUCAGUCUUCUUUAUUCAUUGA